UCAACGUUCCAUCGCUAGCAUAAGAUUAUUCUAUUCUGCAGUAUGCAUAUGGCUGUUGUGCGCAGGACAUAGUUGACAUCGUCGACAUUACAUGAUUCUUCUUUCCUUUGGACUCGGGACUGACUUGCCGUUGCAUCUCUACUGUUCCCUUCGGCGUCGUCUUUUACUCUGGAAUGAUGAUUAGUAAUCCUCUGUCGUCCUCCAUGGAAGUGUCGUCUGCGCACGCGCUGCUUCUCACUCUUUGCCCACGCCUUCAGCGUUAUUCUUCCCAUCGCACCAGUCUCCACUUAUAUGCUUCCUCACUGGAAUGAGUCAGUUACUUUUUGUCUUCGAAGUCGACACUUGUUUGAUUUUGCAGUGUUUACUUGAAUAGAUGCAGGAUCUUAAGCUGUGAGACUGUCUUUCAGUUCCUAGAUGUUCGAGCUACAUCGAAGCUUUUGCUAAUGUAGUUUUCUUAAAGAAUUUGAGAAUUUUAACUUCUUCCGAGUGUGUCAUCCGAUCGGCAAGUGGAAUUCGUGGUGAUCCUCGCUCCCCCCACCAAUUUAGUGUGAGCAAGCAAAGAGUUCGCUGCGGAUGUCUUGUGUUCAAAGCGUGCGCUUAGAGUUAAGAUCGCAAUCGUUUCUUAGCUUCAAUAGGCUUAAUCAGGAUACAUUCUUGUAGGUGUGUCUAAAAGUAUACAAGCGAGUUCUGGAUUUGAACAGCAUUUCAGAAUUCUAGGUUAUAGAUGAAAUAUCAAGGAGGUCUGUUUGGUAUCGGGGCGGUGCUGCACGGGCAUUUCUCGUUGAAUCGCCGGAGCCAUGUGAUGCUGUGCCAGAAUUCGGCGCUGCAACAGUUUGAAACGCGACUUAUGGAGUGGCUCGAAGCAUUGAAACUGUCUGGCGAGGUCCAGGGGUUUUUGAGUGUAAACUGGCUGCUCCAAGCCAUGUCCGUUGUCCUGGCAACGCACACAAACUUAGGAAGGCUCAUCCCUGAUUCAGAGUUGUCCUUGUGUCAAGGAACUGAUAAGUGGAUUGAGGAUUACCUUGAUGAUAAUGCGAAGCUUCUGGAUGUAUGCAAUGUGUUGAGAGAUGGAAUUGCAGAUGUCGAGAAUUAUCAGACACUGGUGCAGCUUGCCCUCCAUAAUGUUGACAACAGAACUGAGAGCUGCAGCGAGGGGAAGUACUAUAGGGCCAGGAACACCCUGGCUGAUUGCAAGGAAGCCAUCAAGAAAAAAGAUACUGAAUACAAACAAGGAGUUCCGAAGUCUAAGCUUGAGAAUUGCAGCUCAUUGUUGAGGACCAUGGGAGAGAAGCUCAUAAAUCCUAGGGGACCUGAGGCCAUCAAGGGCAAUGGUCUUUUGAAUGCAAUUUACGGAGCCAAGUUAACGACCAUAUUCUUGUGCAACUUGGUCGUCACCGCUCUGGCUUGCAAACCGAGACGGCCGCUGGCGAGUCUUCAUCUGGCAAAUCACUACAAGUGGUCAGGGUCACUAGUUUCUCUACAACAAAAAGUGAAAGAAGAAAUAGAUAAGAGUAAGAACAUGGGCUCAAUUGCACUUCUCCGCGAGCUUCACGACACGGAUGUAUCUGUCCGGCGCCUUCACGAGGUUCUCGAUUGGCAUCUUACCGAAAGGAACUUUCCAAUGCGGCGAAGCGACGUAGCCGAACUGAAGAUAGAGGUGGAGGUAUUACGAAAACGGUCUUCUGACCUUGGACUCGGAUUGGCACCCCUCGAAAUUCAUGUCAACGAGCUUUUCAGAAUGUUAAUUGCAACUCGGCUUGUCUUCAUCGAUGUCAUCAGCAGGUCGAAGUCACACGAUCCAUCCUCGUUAAGGUAUGACAGCCUCCUGUGAAUGUUCCUCGCAGAGAGAUUGCAACGCAUUCGGAAAGCACAUUACCUGCUUCUUAGACGCUGUGACUAUUUAGACUAAAGCCAGUUCAGUUCUUCUCUGGUAUUCACAAUCGCUGUGACUGCGUGGAUGUAGCAUACUAAGAAUAUUUUCUUGUGACUGAUGAAGUGGAAAUUGAUAUUUAUAUGUGAAUUAGGAAGAAAUAGAUCGUAUGUAUCUAGCACACGAGUUUGAAACAAUCAAAAUAUAAUAAAGCGGUUGAAAUCAGAGAGUUCAAAGCAGUA